AUGCGAACGGAACGUGUUUUGGUGAUACUGGAGGGAGAGGCGGGAAAAUUGGGGGGGGGGGGGGGUGAAGGGCAACGACCCCCACGGGUCAGUCAGAGCGUCCUGGCGCUUGCAUCAUCGCGGCCUCGUAUCCCGGACACCGGCGGGGGGGCGCGGGCCGCAUUCGUGCUAGGGGGGAGGGGGAAAGGGGCGGUUCCCCCCACCACCGGCCGCCGGGCUCCGCAACUGGGUGGGAGAGUGAGGGAGACGGGUGAGGUGGAGCACAAGGGACCGGGGCAGGGGGAGGGGGCUCGAGCUCGGGCUGAGUUGGGGUGCAGCUUGUCGGAUCAUGGUGGAGGAGCGGAGGGG